AGACAGACGCCUCCUGCUGCUCCUCCUGCUCCUCCUAAGGGUGAGGGAGACUCUGUGAUUGGCUGGCCGGAGGUGCACUGGUGUCAGGGUUCUGACGUCAUGAAGCCAUCAUGGCGCUACACAGGCUCUCUGCAGCAGUCAGGAUGUCCAUCACUAAGAUUCACGCUCGGGAGAUUCUAGACUCCAGAGGAAACCCAACAGUGGAAGUGGACCUGUGGACGGCCAAGGGUCUCUUCAGGGCAGCUGUUCCCAGCGGUGCGUCCACCGGAGUCCACGAGGCUCUGGAGCUUCGUGAUGGAGACAAGAGCCGCUACCUGGGCAAAGGCACCGUGAAGGCUGUGGACCACGUGAACAAAGACAUCGCCCCCAACCUGAUCGCCAAGAACUUCAGCGUUGUUGAGCAGGAGAAGAUUGACAAGUUCAUGCUGGAGCUGGACGGCACCGAGAACAAAGCUAAGUUUGGGGCUAACGCCAUCCUGGGCGUGUCGCUGGCCGUCUGUAAGGCCGGCGCGGCGGAGAAGGGCGUUCCUCUUUACCGCCACAUCGCAGACCUCGCUGGACACAAAGACGUCAUACUUCCUGUUCCUGCCUUCAACGUCAUCAACGGAGGAAGCCAUGCUGGAAACAAACUGGCCAUGCAGGAGUUCAUGAUCCUCCCCGUCGGAGCCGCCAACUUCCACGAGGCCAUGCGGAUCGGCGCCGAGGUGUACCACAACUUGAAGAACGUGAUCAAGGCCAAGUACGGAAAAGACGCCACCAACGUGGGAGACGAGGGCGGCUUCGCCCCCAACAUCCUGGAGAACAACGAGGCUCUGGAGCUGCUGAAGACGGCCAUCGAGAAGGCCGGCUACCCCGACAAGAUCAUCAUCGGCAUGGACGUCGCCGCCUCUGAGUUCUUCCGCAGCGGGAAGUACGACCUGGACUUCAAGUCUCCUGACGACCCGAGCCGACACAUCAGUGGAGACCAGCUGGGAGACCUGUACCGCACCUUCAUCAAGAACUACCCAGUCCAGUCAAUCGAGGAUCCAUUCGACCAGGACGACUGGGAGAACUGGGCCAAGUUCACCGCCUCCACCGACAUCCAGAUCGUAGGAGACGACCUGACGGUGACCAAUCCAAAGAGGAUCCAGCAGGCGGUGGACAAGAAGGCCUGUAACUGUCUUCUGCUCAAAGUCAACCAGAUCGGCUCUGUGACCGAGUCCAUCCAGGCAUGUAAGCUGGCUCAGAGCAGUGGUUGGGGUGUGAUGGUCAGCCAUCGCUCCGGAGAGACGGAAGACACCUUCAUCUCUGACCUGGUGGUCGGCCUCUGCACUGGACAGAUAAAGACCGGUGCUCCCUGCAGGUCGGAGCGUCUCGCCAAAUACAACCAGCUGAUGAGGAUCGAGGAGGAGCUUGGAGACAAGGCCAAGUUUGCCGGCAAAGACUACCGCCACCCUAAAAUCAACUAAAGCUGACUGAUGAUCCUGAAGCCCCUCCCACCCCAGGUGGGGUGAGAAGUCAGAGGUCACGGCGGGUCUGACUCCGCCUUCAUAGCUAUAAUUCCAUUGAUGAUGUUUUCUAUAUGAACAUAAUAAAUAUAAAAAAAUGAAA